AUGAGGCCAGGGUUCACACCGAGAGGUGGGUUUGGGGACCGAGGCGGCGGCGGUCGCGGGGGAUUCGGCAGAGGCGGUGGUCGAGGUGGCGGCGGACGAGGUGGUUUUGGCCGCGGUGGCGGCGGUGACCGUGGUGGCUUCCGAGGACGAGGUGGCGGUGGUGGUAGAGGGACUCCACGAGGUCGUGGCGGAAGAGGAGGUGGUUUUGGAGCUGGGAGAAAUGUGGUGGUGGAACCACAUCGGCAUCCCGGAGUAUUCAUCGCCAAGGGCAAGGAACAGGCAUUGCUCACUCGCAACAUUGUG